AUGUUGACCGCAGCGCAAGCACCGAGCACAAGAUCUCCCGGUGAGCUGCCACAUGUCCGCCGAGAGACGCCCAGGCUCCACAAAGACCCGGACAAGCGCCCGGGUCGCGAGGGUCGCGAGUCGCCAGCGGACGCCGUGGCGCUUCCGAGUUUCAUGCGCCCAGCCGGUGCGGCAAAGCCCCAGGUCUGGACCAUGCCAGCAGCCCGUCAUCCCCCUGAUGAUGAGUGGGCCGCCCUCAAGAACGAGGCCCUAGUGACGCGCUCGAACACUGUAAGCGUCGGUGCGGAAGCGAUCGUCGACAUCAGUCCGCAGAGCGAGUCUGCCGAGGUGGACCGACUCCGAUUGCACUGCGAGGAGCUGUUGCGGCUGAAUGCUGAGCUGCGUCAGCGGCAACUCGAGGUGACAACGGGCACGUUCGCCGGCAAGUUUGACAAUCUUCUGCGUGAGUUUGGCCAGAUGCGUGGCUUCCACCAGACGAUGCGCGGCUUAGCGGACGUCACGGCCCAGGUCCGGAAGGACUUGAAGGAGCUUGCGAUGGCGGUGUCGCCAGUCUCCGAAAUGUCCAGUCUUAUGGACGUGGCGGUGGGAAAGGUGCGAAGCAGCUUACAGCAGGAUGUGCGCGACAUCGUGUCCGCCGAGGUUGCUACGCUGAGGGAGCAGCUGACUCGCCUCCACGAGAACUCCACCACCAUGGUCAACCUGACUUUGCAGAACAGGAAGGACUUCGCAGACCAUCAAAUCGGCCUCAGCAGCAGCAAGCUGGACGAGCUGCUGCAGCUGGGUGCAGACACGCAGGAGGCGGUGCAUCGCAGAUUCGAGGACAUCCAGGCGGAGAUACAGUUCGACAGGAACAUCAUCGAUAACCAUUCCAAGCAGAUUGGAGCCAACAUGCGAAGUAUCGAGGAGAACAAGGGACGGAUCAUGUCGAACCAGCAGCUAAUCAGGGACGAGCAGGACCGGGCCCGAGAGGAAGCAAAGGGCGCGAUUGCGCGUGUGCAGAGUCUGCAGGAGAUGCUGCGACAGGAGCACAGCGCAGCGGAGCGAGCCAAGCUGGAGCGUCAGCUCAGCGAGAGCGAGAAGUACAAAACAGAGAUGGAGUCGGAGCUUUCGCGACUCCAAGAUGAGAUGCACGAAAAUCUCCAGCAGGAGAUUGAUGACCUGCACCGGAAGUUCGAUGAUGUUGAAGAGAUGGUUGGGAAGAUUCUGACUCGUAUGGAAACGCCGGAGCAGCCGACACUGCUGCAGCAGCUGCACCGCGUCAGCGAGAUUCAGCGAAGGGGCAACCUGGACAUCAACCUCAACAAUGGAGAUGUCGCGCUCAUGCGGCCAAUCAACUUCAAGCGGAAGAAUCUGAAUGAUCCACCCACUGCGGAGUUCGAGAACGAGAAAGAAGCCAUGGACAUCUUGACAGAUCUCUGUGAGCUCUGGCAGAUGUUCAAGGUCAGCAUCGUCAUCGAGGGGCAUACAAAAGACAUCGGUGUGGGGCCCGACGAGUUCUGGCAAAGCGUGGCGAACGGCCGGGCUGCCCUCGUUGCGGCAACUAUGGGGGUCUUGGGCGUGGACCUAUCGCAGGUGGCGGCCGUGGGCAAGCCUGGCAAAACAGGCUUGAACAAAGCAGCCCUGGUGAUCUCGUUCGACCUCUUCCCAGACUUGGAUUGA